AGGAGUUCCACGACCUCCUCCUCAACAUGUUCUGGUUCUGCAAGCUCCACGAGGUCUUCCAGGAGAUCGACAGCUCCGGGGACGGGCUCGUCAGCCUGGAGGAGUUCCAGGCAGGCAUGAAGGCCUUGGGCAUGCACCAAUCCGGGGACCUCCAGAGGGACUUCCGGGAGCUCGACCGAGACGGCGGCGGCACCGCCGACUUCAAGGAGUUCUGCAUGUGGGUCCGGAUGAAAGUCUCGCCGGAGCACAACCACGCAUUCGACACGGACAAGCAGUGCGCCUCGAAGAUAACCAAGAAGCAGCCGGCCGAGGCCACGAGCGGGGUGGUCGCGAGGAAGAAGUCGUUCGCAGACUUUGACGCGCUGGAGAAGAAGCUGAAGGGCCUCUGCGCCGAGGAGAGCGGCAAGGGAAUGCAGAAGUUGUGGACGCGCCUGGACUUCAACGGCAACAAUCUGGUGUCUCUGG